AUGGAUUCCACUAAAAACAGAAGCAUCGAAACCUAUCCAGGUGACGACAAUGAUCGGCCAGAGAAAGUCAAUGAUGAUCAAACGGUGGGAAUAGGCCGAUCUUAUGACUGCACAUUUUGCAAGCGAGGCUUCACCAAUGCUCAAGCCCUAGGAGGGCACAUGAACAUCCAUAGGAAAGAGAAGGCCAAGGUCAAGGUAAAGGGCAAGAAGCAUAGGGAUGAUGAUAACUCCUUGAUCUCCAACAAGGUCGAUGAAAUUGAAAACUACGCGACUUGUACGUAUUUUGCACCGAUGGUACGUGAAGAAAGACAGAGUUAUAAGGAUUUGGGAGCACAAAUGGAUUAUCGAAUUUAUUUUCCCAGAUCAAACCCAAGUCUCCCCCACGUGUACCAUCUAAGGAACUUCAGUGCAGGCUCGGAGAUUUCAGGUAUCCGGGGAGAGGAUUUGGGGGUGAAUUUGAGCCUGUGUAUCGGGCCCCCACUUGUGGAAGAUAAUGAAUCGAAGAAAGGACAGGGAAAGGGGCCUAGGAGUGGGAAUGAAGUUGAUUUAGAACUACGGCUAGGUCACAGCCCGUGA